AUGGAAUUUGAAGAAAUCCACGACAUCUGCUAUGUGCCCAAUGGUCAUGCUCGACAAAAGCUUGACUUGUACCUUCCUGCUAAAGGGCCCGUCCUACGACCGGUGAUCGUCUACAUCCACGGAGGCGAGUGGCGUUUCGGCAGCAAGGAGUCUGAGCUGAGGCCCAAACAUUUCAAGGGAAUUAAAUACGCCGUGGCUUCCCUGAACUAUCGACUGAGUAUGGAUGCACCUUUCCCUGCUGCUCUUGAAGACUGCAAGGCUGCCAUUCGCUGGCUGCGAGCCAACGACGAAACGUAUCGCCUUGAUUCUGAGUGUUUCUUAGCUUGGGGGGAAGCUGCAGGAGGUCACCUUGCGGCACUUUUGGGAACAACGGGUGACAUCAAGGACUUUGACGUUGGCGAACAUCUGGAUAUAUCAAGCGCUGUUCAGGGCGUGGUGGCAUACUACCCGUCAGUCGACUUCCUCUUGAUGGACAGCCAGGCUUUACCAGGAAGUCAGCAGCACAAUCACCCUAAUUCAGCGGAGUCGAAGUUCAUUGGUGGUCCCAUUUCAGAGAACCUGGACAAGGUCAAGCGAGCAAAUCCCAUAACAUACAUCACGCCUUCGACUUGUCCGUUCCUGGUCGCUCAUGGCACCGAGGAUCGUCUCAUACCAUUUCCCCAGAGCGAACUCCUUGUGGCUGCGUUGAGAGAAGCGGGAGUGCCUGUGAUCUUCUAUCAGGUUGAAGGAGCGGAUCAUUUCUUCUCAUGCGUAAGCCCGGAAAUGCGUACGAAUCUCCAGGCUGUAACAGACAGGUUCAUCGACGAACUGUACACUGGCGCAGAUCUUUAG